AGGGGUCUGGAGGGGGGCAGCUCAGCCUUCGCAGCCCGUGGAGGACCACCCAGCAGGGUCCUGGGCCCACAGCCAGGCCUUUACUGCUCCUGGGGCUGUGCCACGUGCUGGACGGGGGUCUGGGCCACCUCCUCCCUGAAGCCCAUCAGGCAGGCAAGACCCGGGUCUGACAGCAGAAGGCCUGGAUGCUCCCUGGGUAGGGAAGCCAAGUAACCACCAGUUGAAGGGUCAUCCCCAAAGCAGCAUCUACUGGAGUAGAAAGAACCCAGGAUUGGGUCAGGUCUAAUUUUGAAUCCAAACUGCUCCAUUUCUGGCUGCAUAGCUUGGGGUCCUUUUUCCUCAUCCGCCACACGCCUCUUACUCACGAGGCUCUCUGAAGCUGUGGGAUUUGAUGAACCCGAAGUAGUAUCAGGUCCAAGUCUGGAGCUGCACAGACUGGAGUGUCUCCUGUCUGUGUUGAGGAAGGGGGGCACCCCCGUGGGCCUAAGCUGGGCUAAGACAUGAGGCCACCCUCUCUUUUCUUUUCUCCACCAUCCUGAUGUGUUCUUGCCUCCGCUUCUCACCAUGUCUUCUCACAAGACUUUCAGGAUUAAGCGAUUCCUGGCCAGGAAACAAAAGCAAAAUCGUCCCAUUCCCCAGUGGAUUCGGAUGAAAACUGGAAAUAAAAUCAGGUACAACUCCAAAAGGAGACACUGGAGAAGAACCAAGCUGGGUCUGUAAGGAAUUGCACAUGAGAUGGCACACAUAUUUGUGCUGUCUGAAGGUCACGAUCACAUUACCAUAUCAAACUGAAAAUGUCACCACUAUCUGGAGAGUUCGACGUGUUUUUCUCUCUGAAUCUAUUAUGAAUGCAUUGGUUGACUGAGUUCAGUAAUAAAUAUGUGAGGCCUUUCAUUUAAAAAAAAAAAAGACAUGAGGCCAGCAUCCCCUGCACCAGGCCAGACU